CUCACUCUCUCACAGCUAUUAGCCUAUUACCGAUACUGCUUUCGACCCCACACACUUUGGAGCUCAUUCAUGGCUUCUCUAUACUCUGUCUCUUUCUCUACAUUGUUUGUUCAUACACCCACCACUCCCUUAAUUCCAGAGGCUGAGACUUCUUAGCCACUCUUUCUCCUUUGUUUCCUGUUUAGCUUUGUUUGGCAGCGUUUGGCUGUUACUAUUUUUUUAUGGUUUUUCUGUUUGAGAGUGAUAUAAGUGAAGGCAUGAAAGGGAGGGUGUCUCUCAAGUUCAGUCUCGACAUCGUUCUUGUGGAACUGUUUCUGUUGCUCCUCUGUGAGUUUCCAUGAAUCUUGCUGCAGCCGGUUAGAUCAUCUAAAAGGUCCUGUUUUUAUGGUAAGAAAAAUGGAUGCUAUUCUUCCUGAGAUCUCUCCUAGUGGUUCUCCUCAGCCUUUUCUUCCUCUUCUUGCACCUUCACCAUUGGUACCCUUCACAAAUGCUACUGUCCCAAAAUUAUCAGGGCUCUGUAUGUUAAACUUCUCUGCUGCUGAAAGCUUGAUGAGUAUAACAGCAAUAGAUUGCUGGUCCGCUUUUGCACCAUUUCUGGCUAAUGUAAUUUGUUGUCCGCAGUUGGAAGCCACUCUUGCAAUUCUCAUUGGUCAGUCAAGUAAAGAUACCAAUGUACUUGCUUUAAAUAGGACCCUUGCCAAACCUUGUCUCUCAGAUAUUGAGCAGAUUCUGAUAGGUCAGGGUGCAAAUGAUAGUCUAACACAGAUAUGCUCAGUUCAUGCUUCAAAUCUCACUGAAGCAUCUUGCCCGGUUAAACAUGUUAAUGAGUUUGAGAGCACGGUAGAUACUUCUAAACUUCUGGCAGCUUGUGAAGAGAUUAAUCCUGUAAAAGAAUGCUGCAGCCAAAUUUGUCAGAGUGCAAUAUUAGAAGCCGCAACAAGGAUUGCAUUGAAAGCUUCUGAGAUUUUGAGCAUGGAUGGGUCCCAUGUCUUACCUGAGUACUCAACUAGGGUAAAUGAUUGUAAAAGUAUCGUCCUUCGGUGGCUGGCUAGUAAACUUGAUCCUUCUCGGUCGAAGAAAGUUCUCAGAGGACUAUCAAAUUGCAAAGUAAAUCAAGUUUGCCCCCUGGUUUUCCCUGACAUGAGGCAUGUUGCAAGGGGGUGCGGGGAUGGGAUAAGUAACCAGACAGCAUGCUGUAGCGCCAUGGAAAGCUAUGUGUCCCACUUGCAAAAGCAGAGUUUUAUAACCAAUUUGCAAUCCUUGGAUUGUGCUACGUCAUUGGGAAUAAAGUUAAGAAAAUCAAAUAUAACUGAAAAUGUAUAUAGGCUCUGUCAUGUAAGCCUCAAGGAUUUCUCCCUCCAAGUUGGAAGUCAAGAGGCUGGAUGUCUUUUGCCAAGCAUGCCAUCUGAUGCAACAUUUGACACAUCUUCAGGAGUAGGCUUCCUUUGUGAUCUGAAUGACAACAUUCCGGCUCCCUGGCCCACUACAUCGCAAGUUCCAGCUUCAUCAUGUAAUAAAACUGUCAAAAUACCUGCACUUCCAGCGGCAGCAUCUGCUCAGAGUGAAUUUUGUAGCGAUGAUGUCAUGCAUUUUCUGCUCUUUGCUUCCUCAAUGGUCUUUAUAAUACUCUUAUAAUUGUAAGAAGUUUUCCCACGGAGAUUGCACCUUGUCAGUCCUUGAAGAGCAAAGGUAACUGGAUGAAUGCUAUGUCCAAGAAGAGAGUCUAUCUUCAUCCAAUCUGUGCCCCCUCUCAGAAGAAAGGCAUUUGUGUAUUGGGUUUUUGGUAAUUUAGAACUGUGUUUCUAGUCUUAUAUAGAUUCUUGAUUCUUGCCUGCCUGGUGUAAUAAAAUUUUUGUACAGGAAAUUAGGAAUAUGAGGAAAUUGAUGUUGUAAUUACCAAUAUUGAGAUUGCUACGUAAAUUUAGGUUGUACUAGGAAAAAGCUCUGUUGUAACUCGUUUGUUUGUUUAUGAAAACGAUUGACCCACUUUUCUAGCCAGAACCAACUCUUGGACUAGGCGUGGGCUUGACAA